AUGAAGACCUCCAUUGCUAUCCUUUCUGCUUCCGUGGCUUCUGCCAUGGCCAGCCCCUUUUCCACCGGUGCUCAUCAAUGCAACGUCGCCCCCAGCGCUGCUGCCAACGGCAACGUUCAUCCUUACCACAACGGCAAGGUUGAUACUGCAGUCGAUUGCCAGACCUUCUGCGCUUCUGACGACUCCUGCAAGAGCUUUGCUUUUGGCCUCGUCAAGGGUGCCCAUCACCCCAGCUGCCUUCUUUUCGAGGUACCUGCUGCCAAGGUCCCUGCCCGCAAGGACGGUCUGCACGUCUUCGACAAGGAGUGCAGUGCUGAUCGCGUGCCCACUUCGGCUCCUACUACUGGUCAGCCUUGGGGAACUGUUCCCAAGAAAGUGCUUGUCCGCCGAGCUACGAAGUGCAACUGUGCCGCUUCUGGCUCUGUGAAUAACGAUAUUCAGCCUUUCAAGACUUCUACUGCGGCUACUGCUAAAGACUGUCAAGCUCUUGCAGAGGCUGACACUUCAUGCUUGAGCUUCCUCUUUGGUCUCUCAGAUGACUCUAAGUCUCCUGUCUGCAAGCUCUACAAGGUUGCGGCCUCCAGGAUUCCUGCUCGCAGCGACAGCCUCUUCGUUUUCGACAAGGGCUGCUCCUCGAAGCAGGUUCCCACUACCGCUCCUACUGAGGAUGCUCCUCGCGGUCUUGUCUCUGAGGCCUCUAAGGUCACCAAGGCUACCAAGGUAGACGGAAAGAAGACCGAGCACGAGGAAGAUUAUGAGGUCUCUGACGCGAAGCCCAAGACCACCAAGAUCCAGAGCCCCAAGCCUAAGGUCACCAAGAUCACAAAGGCUGAUAGCAACAACGAGUAUCAGGACACCAAGGCCAAGGCUGAGCAGAAGGUCGGGCACAAAGACACUGGAAAGCCCAAGAGCACCAAGGUCCAGAAGUCUCAGCCAAAGGUUACUAAGGUCGCUAAGGGUGAGGGAAACAAGGUCCAGUAUGCUGAGCCCGAGGCCACUGAACAUGCCGAGAACCCCAAGCCCAAGUCCACCAAGAACGUGAACCCCAAGCCUAAGGCUACCAAGGCUGCCAAGGUUGAUAACGAGAAGGUUCAGUACGCUCAGCCCUCCAAGGUUUCCAACCCCAAGACCAAGGUCACCAAGGUUGCUGAGGUUGACUACAACACCGAGUCCAAGGAUACCAAGGCUAAGGACACCGAGUCUAAGGAUACUAAGGCCAAGGUUGAGAACAACAAGCAGGCCAAGGCUACCAAGGUUCAGAACCAGGAGCACCAGGUUACCAAGGUCGCCGAGGUUGACUACAACAACGAGACCAAGGAUACUGAGUCCAAGAGCACUGAGUCUAAGGAUAAUAAGGCUAAGGAUACCAAGGCCGCCGAGGGUAACAGCAACAAGGACACCAAGGACAAGGCCGAAGGUACCAACAACAAGAAUGCCAAGGUCGAGAGCCCCAAGACUCUGGUUACCAAGGUUCGAGUCAACGAGCAGCAGGCUACCCAGGCUGCCAAGGCUGGCGGCAACAAGUCCGACUGCAAGACUACCAAGGUUUCCAACGCCCAGCCCAAGGCUACCCAGGCUUACUAG